UAUCAAGCAAUAUUGUAUCUUUUGAGCUACAGGUAAUUAACACGUGUAUACUGAGGCCUGUGUUUAGUGCUCUACUAUCAGAGAACUGCGGAGCUCCUUUUAAUUGUUCAAACGUAACAAUUCCGCGAGUGCGCACUGAAGCCGGACGUCGGAUUUGACCGCUUAAUGAGCGGAGGUGUUAGACAGCUAAGCUAUACUGAAUAGGACAACAGUUCCGUAGCGGAACACGACAGUUUGCAAGAGCAGUGUGCGCAAGAUGAAUACAACUGAUUCAAGUUCCUCUACGGAUUCCACAAAGACUUCAGAGAAAAUUAAGAGGCCAUUAAACGCCUUUAUCCUUUGGUCCAAGAAGAGGAGGAGGGUCAUUGCCAACGAAAAUCCGCAGAUGCACAACUUUGACAUCAGUAGAAAACUGGGCUUAGAAUGGCAAAAACUGUCCGAGGAAGAGAAAGCGAAUUACUUCGAAGAAGCCAAGCGUUUGAAAGAGGAGCAUAAACAACAAUAUCCUGAUUACAAAUACCAACCAAGAAAACGUGAUAAAACAAACAAAAGAAACAAGCUCCUUCACGGGACGCCGUUUCAGUUCAGCUUCUAUCCGCAUGACACUACGGGGUUCUUCGAUAGCAGGUACCAUUUCCCAGUGCCUGACUCGAGGCCAUCGUUUCCUGCGGAACCCUUGCCACCUCACGGAGAACCCUCUGGUGUAAGCAGCGAGGAUCAUAUAACACACAGCACUCACGCAAAACCAACACACACGGAUCACAGUACCCACAGUGUCAUUUACCAGAGCUUCCGGCCUCAGUCUUGCGAUGGUUUUGUACCGUACAGGAGUCUGGAGCCUCCAUACCUGCCUCUACGGCCCAAUUUUGACUUCUCGCAUCUAAACUGGUACGGUUCGUCUUCGGCUUCCAGCCGCAUUGCCCCUGUACCGUACUGUAGUCGAAUGUACCCAUGGCACGCGGCGCGUCAAACCGAUUUCCACUCGUGAGAACGGCGCGCCAUGAACUCUCGAAACUUAGCGAGUUUACCAAGAAAGAAACAUUUGAAGGUAUAGUAGAGGCGUAAAGACAUAUUAUUUGGCAAUUUAGGAUGUAAAAAUGCGAGCAGAGACAUUAUUAAAUUUAUUGCUGAUCAAAACGACGUUGAAAUUGUUAGUUUAAUUGGUGAAGACACUUCUAAAGUACCUCAUGAUUACUCAAAUUUCACUUUGCGGGCAGCUCAUCGUCUUAAGUAGACGCAAAAACCCAAUGUAGAAGGUAAUAGCAAAACGGAAGUGGCUUUUCGUUAUUGUUAUUGUUGCUUUUAACUAUUUUGUAAAGUACAGUAACUUAAAUCGAACGCGGUACUUUACAUUUUGUGAAAAGCUGUUUGCAAAUAUACCGACGUGUACAGUUUAGUUCAUCGACUCGCUGUUCCGUAUAUCCAAUUUUUUGCAGAAACUCGUUCUAAACUUAAAUUUAUAGGCGAUGAAUCAUUGCACGAAGUCUUAUUUGGAAAACGAAAGUCUUCGAUUACAAUAAAUCAUUUAGUUAAUGAAAAGUCAAUUUUUACUCAUUUAAGAACGUUAGAAGGCUGUAAAUUGACAAUAAGGUACAAUAGUCAAUUUUUUUUACUAGCUGGUAAGAAACGGGAAAAUGUGACUAGUGCUUUGUCCUGACUGAUCUUCUCAUAUGAGCUCCAAACAUUCUCCCGAGGCUCUGUAAACUUGACCGUGUAAAUUUUGAGUGAAGAAAGCGGCUUUUUGUCGAACCCAAGUGCUAAAACACGUGGCAAGUAUAAAGUAAUACUUUACUAAUUGAACAGCGUGCAAAAGUUACGCAAAUGUUCAGCGCAUUUAUGUGUGAGCCGGCGGCUUUGAAGAAAGGACGGAAAACCGCUCUUCACCGUUUUAGUAAUUCUCCACACUUAAUCCUUCAUUUCACCUUUCGCUAAACGCAUGAGACCAGUCGGCAUAGGAAAGACAUAAUAGUUUCAUUAAAUCGUUUUACGGCUACACAUAGAGUCAACAAACUACAAACACAUUCUGACAUGCUAAAGAAAACACGAUGUAAGGUCGAAAUUUUGUUGCUAACGGUAAGCUCUUUAAUAAGAAGCGCUGUCUCGGGCUUUAUAGAGACGUAAAAGCUUUUCUGUACACUGUUGGUGUAAUCAGAACUUGGAAAAUAAUCUCCAAUGCAGGUUAAAGUAUGAGCCACGGGAGAAAGAGAGCAAAACUCUUUAGCAACGAACUGCAGUUUAUUUAAUUAUCAUUUGAAAUUUUAAAGUAAUUAUUUUUUUGUGGAAUUUGACUUUCGUGCGUACUUGUUCGAAAUCUGCCGAGUUUCUCUUAGUUAGAGAAUCUAGUAAUGUACAGAUCAGCUUUUAAACUUAGAGUGUUAUAUCCAAAUAUAUAAUUUAUGUCUUAAAAGUAAAAUAAAACAAAGGUUUUUGCGUUCGUCACAUUGAUCUCAAUUCAUUGCCCAUUGAGCAUAAUAAAACUGAAACUUGUUAAGUUACUAAUUCAGGCUUUUUUCGACGAAAAUACUUUUCCAAGUAAAAACGUUUGCAUAUCCGUGAGUAAUUUAGGGUUAAAACGAGGGUUUAGCCCAUGAAAUAAUAAAACAAUUAGGAAAAAUGCGCUAGAUAACUGAAACGAGAGAUUACAAGAAAACAAAGACUUAAAAAGAUAAAAGAAUUCACCCAUUUCAAUUUUUUGCUGUACUCAAAUAUCACUAAUGUUUAAAAUUAAUUUAAGGGAAAUUCCGUAACUCCUCUCGCCGAUUGCUCGAAGUUCCAGUCUGCUUUAAUACACGCGCUUCAAAAUGGUGAUAAUUUGCAGCUAUUCUACAUGAUUUUGCCUUUUUGAUCGAGUAAAAGGAAAAAUGUCGAUGAAAGUUAAGUGAAGCAAAUUAGUGAAUUCCUCACAGUAAAACGUGUCGCUAAAUCAUGGAAAUCACUUUUAAGACCAAUUUGUGUUCAGAAGUUAUAUAUUUUCUCUUAAACCCAUUUCCUAUGCUCUUUAAUACAGAGAAGAUCAUUUUACAUAAUAUAACACUUUAAUCAUCUGGGAUUACUAACACACUACACGACGAAAUUAUGUAACGACUUUACCUCUUUUUUUUUUUUACAAAUGCAUAUCCAUUGUUACAUUGUCUUUCAUUCCUGGAGAAACAUCCCAAAAAUUAUACAUACUUAGCUACUUAUCCUUGUGUUUCAGUUGGAACUCUUGAUCCCUAGCUUGUACUAAUAGUCACAUGAAUAUAUCUAGAGAUUACCGUUCAUGUCUUUUAGUUACAAAAUUACCUUGCAAUAUUUUUUUGUGUUUGAUUCCAUUUAUGUCUUUUUGCUUUAUUGCAAAACCCGAUGCACAGCAUAAUAUGAUUUUUUUGAAUACCUGUUUAACUCUUCAUGCCCUUUCCGUUGCAAAACAGAACACGCAUAUCAGGAAACAGAACACAGAUCUUUUUAUUAGAAUAAAACAGAAUAGUUUGUCUCUUUUGUUGUCUGUUAGCAGCGUUCUCUAUUUAGCUGAACUUAAAUGUUUAGUAAUUAAGGCAUUUUUUUGAACUGGUAAAGCAUUAUUCUCUGUAUAGUGAGACACCUAAACUGUCCUAUGUUAGCGUUUGAUGGGAUCUGCGACGGUUGUCUCACCGGUUCAGCUGAAGGUCGGCUGUUUAAACUUUUAAUUUAAUUUUUAAUAAAGAGUUUGGAAUUGAAAGUCAAGGAGUGCGGGAGCAUAGUAAUGUCAACGUCUCCGCAAGGCAUGUGUUGAUUUUGAAGGCGAGGGCGAACGGAGUUUCCAUAAAGAAGACGUUGAAUCAACUGCGGAAAAUUCUCGUGGGAGGUGUAAAGACGAGAUUGCCUGAAAGUGUUUGUAAAUAAUUGCUUUCGGCAGAUGCUGAAGGGUGUAAAGCCAGGUAGAAAGGACAAACCGACGAAGAGGCUGGAUUACUUCUGCCGUAUAAAUGUAAACAUUAAUUGCGUAUGAUUUUGAGAGGGAAAAAAAAUAAAGUCAUUUUCGGAUCA